GUUUUUUGUUUUUUUUUUUUUUUUUUUUCCUGAGUAUACGCCAAAUAGUACAUUAGUUGUUACCAGGGGCUGGGGGCAGCGAAGAAUGUUUUAGAAAUAGGUAACGGUGAUGGAUGUACUUGUGCACUUAAAAUGGUUAAAAUGGCACCUUUUAUGUUGUAUCCCAGUUUUGAAAAACUUGUGUAAUAUGCCAAAACCUUUUAAGUGGGUGGGUUGUAUGGUGUGCGAAUUCUAUUUUAACAAGGCUGUCAAAAAAACUUCACUGCUUACCUGAAAUUCAAUUUAAGUGGACAUCCUGUGUUUAACUUGCCGAUUCUGUCAACCCUACAGAGGAACACAGCGCCGGCCUACCCACGGAGCCGCGCUCCCAAGAACUACGUGUUCGUCUCCUUGCCGCGAGGGGCGCUGUGGGCGGCGGGGCCCGGCUGGCGCGGCCCCUCUGCCGGCGAGGGGCGGGGCUGCGCGGCCGUGCUUCCGCAUGUGUGUAGGUGCUGGGUAGGGCGGGCGGCGACCUGGGUAUGGAGGAUGAGUUCGCUCCUGCUGCAGCUGGCGGUGCUCGGCGUGGCGCUGGCGGCCGCAGCCCUGAUACUGAUUUCCUUUGUUGCAUUUAUAACUGCUACAAAAAUGCCACACCUCCAUCAACAUGAAGAAGAGAAGUUCUUCUUAAAUGCCAGAGGACAGAAGGAAACAUUGCCCAGCAUAUGGGACUCACCUACCAAACGGCUCUCUGUUGUCGUGCCUUCAUACAAUGAAGAAAAACGGUUGCCUGUAAUGAUGGAUGAAGCUCUGGGCUAUCUAGAAGAGAGACAGAAGCAGGAUCCUACGUUCACUUACGAAGUGAUAGUAGUUAAUGAUGGCAGCAAAGACCAGACUUCAAAGGUAGCUUUUAAAUAUUGCCAGAAAUACGGAAGUGACAAGGUACGAGUGAUAACGCUGGUGAAGAAUCGUGGGAAAGGCGGCGCUAUUAGGAUGGGUAUAUUCAGUUCUCGAGGAGAACAGAUCCUUAUGGCAGAUGCAGAUGGAGCCACAAAGUUUCCAGAUGUUGAGAAAUUAGAAAAGGGAUUGAAUGAUCUACAGCCUUGGCCUGUGAGUAUAAGAAUAUAUAUGAGCUUCUGUGAAACAUGCCAAGGUAGAGAUUUAAUUACACUCUGCCUUUUUAAAAAUAAAAAUCAAUAUAUUUUCUGUUUCAGGGCAUUUGAUGUAGAAUUACUUUACAUAGCACAGUUCUUUAAAAUUCCAAUAGCAGAAAUUGCUGUCAACUGGACUGAAAUUGAAGGUUCUAAAUUAGUUCCAUUUUGGAGCUGGCUGCAAAUGGGCAAGGACCUGCUUUUUAUACGACUUCGAUAUCUAACUGGUGCCUGGAGGCUUGAACAAACCAAGAAGAUGAAUUAGGUUAUUUGCCAUCUUUGUAUUCUUAUGUAUCAGUGUCACACAUUUCGUAUGAAGUUAAAAUUUUAAAUAAACCUGGAAUAAACCUA